AUGGCUACGAGCAUCCCAGACACUUGUACUGAUAGUACGGAGACCAAACAGUGUCCGAUAUGCUUGGCAGAGAUCACUGGUGACGAAGUAGUCCUGGACAAAUGCAAACAUCGAUUCUGUAAAUCUUGCAUCGCUCGAGCAUUGAAGAGCAACUACAGAUGUCCUGUAUGCCGCAAGGAGUGCGGUGAGCCCAGAGGGAACCAGCCCAAUGGAACGAUGAAGAGUGAGACUGCCUCUUACUUUCACCUCCCUGGUUAUCCAGACGAGGAUGUUAUCAUUAUACGGGAGGGGACUGACGCUCUGGAAAAGCUGCAAGCAGAGCUCGAGGCCGUAAAGAAGGCGCUACAAAAGCAGCAGAUUUAUGUUGCAUCAGGACGAAGGUUGGAACGCUUUAGAGGAAUUCCAGAGAAGUCCAGUGACCCUACCAUUGAAGAGUGGGUGAGCGACAUGAGGUGUCAGUUAGCAGCAAGACAGCUGACAGAGGACGAGAGUGGAGCUUUCAUCCUCGAUCAUCUUGCUGGAAAGGCACGCCAGGAGAUUCUUGGAAGGGGUGAUGCAGUCACCCACCCAGAGGAAGUCUUCCAAAUCCUGCUUAAGGUUUUUGGCGAUGGUGAUACCCUUCCCCAACUUCAGCAGAGGUUUUUCUCGUACAAACAGGUAUCCAACGAGGACCUCCUGACAUGCUCCCUGGAGCUAGUCAAGCUUUUCACCAGAAGGUCAAAGCUUGACCCUUUAAUCGAGGCAACGAAGGGAAGGACCCUGAAGGGACGGCUGGCAGAGGCAGUUCGUGAUGAAGGUCUACAGCGAGAACUGCGUCGGCUUAAUAUUGAGGCACCUACCCUGUCGUUCUUUGAUGUCAGAGACCGCGCCAUUGAGUGGCGGGGUUGCAGACAAGGCAAUCGCCACAAGGAAGCGACGGUGCAAGAGGUCAAGGCAGUGGAUGACGCUGGAGGUCUGCAGUCCCUCUUCAGGAAGCAGAGCGAACAACUGCAGAAACAGCAACAACAGAUAGAUGCCCUCAUUAAGGCAUUCAGUGAGACUCCAAAGAGCUGGAGAAACCAAGGUUCCCGAAGGUGCGUCAACUGCCGUUCAACAGGGCACCUUAGGCGCCAAUGCCCCUAUCCACCACAGUCCCCGGUGGGUGGCUCUUCUUCAGCCAGGCAACAGUUUGUUCCUGAGCAGUGUGCCAAUCAGCAGAGCAUGUACAACCCCCGUGCACAGCAAUUUGUUUCUGAGCAGUUUGCCAGUCAGCAGAGCGUGUACAAACCCCCUGCACAGCAAUUUGUCCCCGAGCAGUCCGCCAAUCAGCAACUUGGACCCCAGUAG